AUGGCCAAGGGCAUCUUCCCUCGCCAGCGCAUAGUCGCCAUCGCGGGCCUCUCCCUCACUGUCCUCUUCCUCCUCCACUUCCUCUUCUCCUCCCCCGACCGUCUGCUCGCGACCACACGAUGGACAACCGCCUCUUCGUCUGUCAUCCGAUCCAAGUUUCUCAGAGAAAAGGCCUUGGCCCCGAGACCCCCAAUCCGCCAUCCCAUUCCCAAGCUCAUGGCCGAUGCCAAGGAUGCCCACGAGCGCAAAAUGAAAAAGCAAAGCAAGACCUUGCCGGAAGCCGUCGGAGAGUACAAGCGGCGGUACGGAAAGAAUCCCCCCAAGGGCUUUGAUGAGUGGUUUAAAUUCGCCAAGGACAACAAUGGGAUCAUUUACGAUGAAUACGACCAGCUCGACAGGGACCUGACGCCCUUCUGGCUGUUCAGCGGCGAGGAGCUCCGGAGACGGUGCAUCCAAGUCGGAUUCUUGCCUUCUGUCGAUCUCGUCAGAGUUGAAAACGGUCAGACCAGAACUAUCGAUGUCUCUAAAGGAUUCUCCGACUCUGAAGUCGGUGCCCGUGCCAAGGGUUUCCGAGUCAUGCUCGAGAAGUUUCAAGCCAAACUGCCCGAUAUGGACUUUCCUAUCAAUGAAAAGGCUGAGGGUCGUAUCCUUGUCCCUUGGGAGGAAAACUUGUACUCUAAUUUGACUGCCGAUUCCUCUUUGGGUAUUGAGCAUGUCUUGGGAGGUGAAUUCAUUCCCGAUUGGAGAGGUGACGGAAAUGUUUGGGAAGCCUACCGCAGGACUUGUGACCCUUCUUCGCAGGCCAGACGCUUGUUUGGCUCUCUUCGUGCCAACCUGAAGGAAGGUCAGGCUCCCAUCUCCAGACUUGCCGCAGCUGGUGUCACCUCUGGCGCUCCCUCGGACGACUUUGUAUUUCCCGAAGGCGUUGACGACAAGUUUGACUUUUGCGCCCAUCCCUGGGCUCACUACAACCAGGGUCACUUCUUCUCUGAUUGGAGAACCAUCCAUGCCCUCUACCCCAUGUUCUCCCCUGCCAAGGGGAUGGGCUAUUCCGACAUUCUUAUCCCAUCCCACUACUACUUUUCGUCCACCAAGCGAUACACCUAUGGUUGGGACCCGGUCAACAUGGUCAUCAAAGACGUCGAUGACAUGGAGACUUCCUGGGAGGAAAAGUCUGAUGACAUAUUCUGGCGUGGUGCGACUACCGGUGGUGGUUCUUCCCCUCCUGGUUUCCUUGCGCAAUACCAGCGUCACCGUUUCAUCAAGAUGACCUCUGACCAGUCAGACUCCAACAAGACUGUUGUCUUUGCCGACCCUCCUGGUACCAACAACUAUGUCUCUGCUCCAGUACCGAUUGGCGAGCUCAACAAGGACAUCAUGGAUGUAGCUUUCACCAAGGCGGUCGGAUGUACCCAGUAUCCUGGCGGAUGUGAUGGUAUGAGGAAGGACCACCGAUUUGCCGAUGCCGUGCCUCUCGGUGAGAAUUGGAGGCACAAGUACUUGAUCGAUGUGGACGGUAUGGGCUACUCUGCCCGUCUCUUUGCUUUGCUGAAAUCAGAAUGUGCUGUUGUCAAAUCUACCGUCUACACCGAAUUCAUGUCGGAGUGGCUGCAGCCUUGGCUCCAUUACAUCCCUGUUUCGCAGAUGUACCAGGAGAUCUACAACAUCCACGCAUUCUUCUCGGGUCCCUCCAACGCCAUGCUGAAUGCCGCCAACGCUACUGCUGGGAUGUACCAGCAGGCGGGGGCGCAUACCAAAAAGUAUGACGGGGAUGCCGAGCUGAGAAAGAUUGCUAAGGCGGGGAGGGACUGGAUGUUUACUGCCGGGAGAAAGAUCGACAUGGAGAUCUACGUGUACAGACUAUGUCUCGAAUGGGCUCGUCUGACUGCCGACGACAGGGAAGCGAUGACAUACAAGGAGUAG